GUUCAAAACUUAACUACUUCUUGGGUUAAGUGCACUAACAACAAACUCUAAGACCCAGUGAGACCUACCUUUUCUUUGCUUUCUUCUCUAGCUCCACUCCCCUCCACCUUAAUUCCCCACUGUGUUUAUUUCUGUCUCUGGCUGAGUCAGAUGGACUGCUCCCAACUUAGAAUGACACAAACAGGCAGACCAACUCUUCCGAAAUCACAGUGGCUGAAAACAUCAAGAGGACUCUAAAAUACACAGAAAAACAACAUUGGAGACUGCAAAGGGCAGAGCUGGAAUUUACCAAGAUGGAGGAGUGUGAGAGUCUGGACUCUGAGAUGACGGAGCUGCAGGAGUUUCAGAGUGAGGCUUCAGAGGCCAUCAGCCAGGACGAUGAAGACGAGGUGGAGGAACUGCAAAACAGUCUGCGAGAGGUUGUCCAGGACCAGUCCGUGAAGCCCAAAUUCCAGUGCCUGAUGGUGGAUCCGUCAUUCUCUAUGGUAACUGUUCAGAGUGAGGACAGUGGUAUUGUUUGGGAGACGGCCUCUAGCCGCUGCUCUACUCCCUGGGCUUCUGAGACUAGCUCCAUCUCUGAAGCAUACAGCAUGGAGGGCUCUGGAGCCGCAGGAAAGAUCACCAUCGUCUUUGAUGAGGAGAAAAUAGUCCGCAGGAGGACGAGGUCUGGAGGAAGGAGCAGCAGGCUGGGGGACAGGCUGAGCCGACCUGGUAGUUCAAGAUCGGCUUCAGCCCUUGGAGUGGAGAGACCGGAGAUGGCAGAGGUUUCCCUCCCCAAUGUUAAACAGGAGAAAACCGAAACAGAGCCAGACUUGGAGGAAAUCAAAAAUAAAGAUCAGCAGCUGUUUAGUUUGAUUUCAGAGGGUUAUGAGAUUCUCAACAUCAGAGUCCCCUCCAAACUUCCCACUGUGGACGAGGAAGAGAGCACAGAGUUGCAGGACAAUUUGUCUUAUUUGGACCAGACUCCAAAGAUCAGGUCCCGAAACCACCAUGACUGGACACUGCAACAGAACCAUACCCUGCCAGAGGAGGGGGAAAUAAUGCAUCACGAAGAGCCCUCAAAGCAAGACUCUGCGGACACAGAGCUCAGACACACACCCACUCAGAAGGAGAGUGCCGGCGACAUAGACUACUUUGAGAAGUUUACCCUGGUUGAUGUGGUGGCUCCUGGAGAAGAAGCUCCAGAGCUGCAGGAGGAGGCAGAACAGCCUGCAGCGAAGCCCCAAGUGGAGGAGCAAAAGCCUGCUAAGGAGACAGCCACAGACAGCCCCUCUGCAUCAGAGGACUCCUUUGUCUUUGUUACGGAUGUGGAGAUAGUUGGGGAACGCCUGGAUGAGGUCUUCUACGGAGAAGGAGCUCCUGCUAAGGCACUGCAGAGGAGAGAAGACGAGGCGGAGAGUGCAAUGAGAAGGAGACGAGAGAGCCAGAGAUCUGGGAAGGAGAAUGGCUCAGCGUUGUUUGGGAGUGAAGAGACCAUCCUCACGCCCAUUUAUAUCUCCCCUGGACCCCCUAAGAUCAUUGACCUAAUCCUGCUGGAGGAGCCCACCGCCAUGUCCUUUAUGUACUCAGACCUUUACGAAGACGCUGUAGGCGAGAGGACGAAGAGCGACGGGGAACACUCCGAGGCAGAGAGCGUGGCAUCUGAGAAGACUUAUAGAAGACGUUUGUCAGAUUCAGAGGAGGCUGACGGGUACCUGGAGAAGUUUAUUUUGAAGGAUGAAACUCCCACAGUGGAGGAUCAACCACAAUCAGUAGAGGAUAAGAAGGAGGGGAGGAUGAUGUGGUCGCAGUCUGAGUUUGACACAACAGGAUGUCUAACAAGACUGGACAGAGAUAAGACAGAGGAAACAACGACUCAGGAAGUCAGUGUUGGAGAUAACGGUGACGAUUUACAAUCAGCAACAUUUGAAGAGAAAAGAGUAAUAGUUACAGAGACAGAAAAGGAGAGGGAGGAAAUACAACUUUCCAUUGGGACUGAAGAGCAGACUGUCAGAGAAGCCUCGGAAGAAUCAGUUCAGGAGUCUAAACUGGAAGAGGAUCAGAUGGAAGAUCUGGAGGUGACACAUGAGGUAAAGAGAGACCAGACUGAGCCUCCUGAGAGCAGCACUGAUGAACCACUUCCUGAAACUCAGCAGGUGGACAGUAAAAUAGAGAAAACAGAGCAGAGUGAGGAACAUCAGAGAGAAGUGCCAGCAGAAACAACUAGCAUGAUUGAAACUGAGCAGCCAUGUCAGACACAAAAAGUGGUAGAAAAAACAGCUCAGGUGGUUGUAAAUGCUGCAGAGGAGACAGCUGUGAUAACGCCUGUAAGCAGCGAUGCGCCUCCCAUCAUCACUGAGAAGACUUUCUCUGAGGAGGCAGCUGCUGACACUGAGAUGGUGGCUGCUGAUGAGAAAGUAGUUACCGAGGCCAUAGCAAAGGCCCCGGCUGAAGCUAAAGAUCUUGAGACUGAAAGACAGGAAAUUGUUACCUCUACUGAACCAGCGGAAACAACUAGCAUUAUUGAAACUGAACAGCCAUGUCAGACACAUAAAGUGGUAGAAAAAAACGCUCAGGUGGUUGUAAAUGCUGCAGAGGAGACCGCUGUGAUAACGCCUGUAAGCAGCGAGGCGCCUCCCAUCAUCACUGAGAAGAGUUUGUCUGAGGAGGCAGCUGUUGACACUGAGAUGGUGGCUGCUGAUGAGAAAGAAGUUACCGAGGCCAUAGCAAAGGCCCCGGCUGAAGUGAAAGAACCUGAGACUGAUAGACAGGAAAUGCUCACCUGUACUGAAAUAGAGUCAUCCGCCGAAACAUCACUGUGUGAGGAAAAAGAAGCAGCGGAAGUUGUUCCUGAAGAUGUUGCACCUGUUGAGGUCACCACUGACUGUGAUUCUGCAGUACAGACAUUAGUGGAGGUCACUGAAAAAGCCGCGAAUGAAAAAGAGAUCCAAACUCAAGUUCUGAUUGAUCUUUGGGAAGUUACAAGUAUUGAGACAACAGAUGUUCACACAGCUGAAGGAGAGGAGGAACAUGAGGCUCUGGCAGAGGAAAGUACAGUUGAGAGCCAGCCGUCUGAAUUUAUUACUGAAGCUGAUCAGGAGUCAGAGGUUAAAGCUGGGAUUUCAAAUGAAGUAACUGAACCAGUGUUGCCAGAAGAAGUGAAGACAGAUUCAGAUAAGAAACAGCUUGAAAUCCUUGAAUCCAAGCAACAUCAAAAAGAGGAGUCAGUAACUGACAAUAAGCUGAUAACUGAAGCCAAAGACGCUGUUGCUCAGGGGAUGGUGAAUGUGGGUGAUGAGUUCAUCCUCCUUGUCCCCAAAGGACAAGCUGUAGAGAUGGACAUAGCGAUCAGUCAGUCGUCAGAGAAGACUACAAGUGAUACAGUAGCUCUCUCUGAACCUGACAGCACAUGUGAACAUCUCAUAGCACCUGAAACCACCACAACAUGCCUAGACACUCUUCAGGCCCCAAAUGUAGAAACAAUGACAGAGCCUCAACUGGAAGUAAAAUCUGACAUUGUUUUAAAUGAAGACGCACUACCCAGAAAUGAGUUAGACAGGACGUACUCUCCUCCAGUUCCUGUGGAGGAGGCCAACACAGAGGAGCAGAGGAUGGACUGGGACUUUGAAGACGACAAGGGCAACCUUUCCCCUCUGAGGAGCUCUACUCCCCAGGAGGAUUUGUCCGGGCUACAAAGAGAGGAUAUGAAGUCAGGAACAACAGAUGUAGAACAAAAGGCAGAGAUUCACAAAGUGGAAGAUGCCCCAGAAACAAGCAUUGUUAUAGAGGAUUCCAGUCCAGAGAUUGAUCUGCACAGAGAGGAUUUAGAAGAAAAGAUAGAGCAAGAUGAGGCAGUUGCAGAGGCUCCAGAGGUGAUUGCUGAGGAGCUUGAAUACGAGAUAAUAUCUAAACAGGAUGCAAAAGAUAUGCCAGAACCUGAAACACAAAGAGAUGCAGAGGAACCAAAACCUGAGUCUGGUCAGGAGAGAGAAGAGAGGAUGGAGGUGGAGACGGAGGAGAAAGUCUUGGAUCUGCCUCCAGAAGAAGAGCUCAUUGAGGCUGACUAUGAAAUCAUCGAUGCAGAGGAGCAGAGUCAGGCCCGACUGGCUGCUGAGCUGCAGGGGAUGGACUGGUUCUGUAUCACCUGUGGAUGUCUGCUGUCCGAGGAUGACUAUGUGUCUGGAGAGCAUCACAGCCACGAAGUUGCUGCUGUGGACCAAGCCUACGAGGAAAUCAAGGAGAAGCUGAGUGACUGGAUCUCAGAGCUUCAGGGGAGGUCAGAGAACGUCGAGGACCUAGUGUCUGAGCUUGAACUGGCUUACAACUCUGUAGAGGACCAGUGCGUGGAGAGCGAGGCAGCGAUGCGGGUGCAGAAUGAGGAGAUGAUGGCUCUGGUGAUGGAGCAGUACAACGACAUGUCUGUCAGCAUGGAAGAGGAGAAGAAGGCCAAGCUGGAGCAGCUAUAUGACCAAAUUGUCUCCUUCCAGGAGAGCAUCGACUCCACUAAAGCCACUCUGGAGACCACGGCCAGAGAGGCUGACACUGACGCACGGUCACCUGAAGAAAUCCAUGCAAGUCUCAAGGCAGCUCUGGACUCGGCCAUGUCACUGGAGCUGGGUCCCAAGGGACUGCUGGUGUUCGAGGACUAUGCCAAGGGCAACACUUCCAGCUCUCACCUCACACAGCGCAAGGGAAUCCCAGUGCCUCAGAGGCCUACGCUGCAGCCUCAGGAGCCAGGCUCAGCCACCAGCGCUAGUGUCACCGUUUACUGGAGGGUCAACCCUGGAGAUAUCAUAGACUGCUUCCAGGUCUACUGCAUGGAGGAUCCACAAGGAGCUGUGUCGGAGGAGUACCGUGUGACAGUGAAGGAGAGUUAUUGUGUCCUGGAGGAGCUGGAGCCUGACAGGACAUACAAGGUGUGGGUGAUGGCUGUCAACUAUACAGGCUGCUCUCUGCCCAGCGAGAGACUCUCCUUCAGAACUGCUCCAUCAGUGCCAGUGAUUGACACUGAGCGCUGUACUGUCAUGUGGGAUUCAGCCACGCUGCGGUGGAGCUCAGCAAGUCAGACUCCCGAACAGAGUUACACCCUGGAGUACUGUCGCCAGUAUGAACUGGAGGGAGAGGGGCUCAGGUCCCUCACAGGCAUCAAAAGCUGUGAACAGAGGGUUCUCCUGCAGCCCAAUGAGAAUUAUCUGUUUUACAUCAAAGCUGUGGACGAGUCUGGAGCCAGCGAACAGAGCGAGGCUGCCCUCAUUUCCACCAAAGGGACAAGGUUCCAUCUGCUGAAAGCCUCAGCUCACCCCGCCCUGGAGCUGUCAGUGGACCAGACCACCCUGCACUACUCUCAGGAUGCACAUGAAAACACACCAUCUACAGACAAUGAGUGUCCAUCCAUCCUGGGUGAGUUGUUGCCGGCACAAGGGCAUUACUACUGGGAGACCCUUGUGUCAGGAAGCACAGCUUACAGGGUAGGAGUGGCAUACAGCACAGCCAAUAGAAGCAGCCCACUGGGAGAAAACAGCCUGUCAUGGUGUUUGCAGUGUAUUCCUACACCAUCAGGCUGCAGGUAUCAGCUGCUCCACAAUGAAGUUCAGUCCAGUGUGUUUGUGGUUGAGAUGCCUGAGCGAGUGGGUACUCUCCUGGAUUACCAGCUUGGUCGUUUAUCUUUCUACAAUGCCCAAAGUGGUCAGUUGUUAGGCACUUUCUGCCAGCGCUUCACCCAGCCGUGCCACCCUACCCUGGCCCUGGAGAUGCCAGGCAGCCUGGAGGUCAGCAUGGUGCUGGAGGUGCCGGAGUUUACCAAGGACAGCUAGCUCUGCUAUCUCACCUCACACACUGAGGAGUUUACAGCUCAUGUUGGACAUAUUUUUAUGAUCUUACUGUAUUAUAAUUGAUGACCACCACUGCAUUAAUGAGAAAGGUGCGAUAUGGCAGGACAUGAACUAUAUCAUAUAUCAGAAGACAUACUGGGUCCUAUUCUCUUAAAGAGGCCUCAUUGAUGGGUUUGUGUGUCUAGUGAGAUCCAACCAUAUUGAAGUCAAACGCACACUGUAUCAUUACUGAGACAAACAAUAGAGUUUGUCAACACAAAGUUUAGACACUGAGUUUAUAGCUCCAAGAGACAUACUGUGGCACUUUUCAACUGCAUUUCAUAUUGUGAAUGUGUGUAAAUAACCUUUGUAAACAGAUGUGAUCUCUUCUAUAUUUAAUGUGUGACUCGCAACAAGUGGAGAUGGCCUGUUUUCCUUUCUUUGUCUUGUAAACUGAUUUUCACGUCUGAGUUGAAUGAACAUGUUUAUUUUUCUAUUUGCAAAAAUGGACUGCUUAUUUGUUUUCAGCUCAUUAGCUUUCUAACAUACAUUCACCACUAGGGGGCCCUCAGUACUCCAUUAGCUGUAAUAUUUGCUCAAAAUCAGGCUCCAAUUCAUUUCUGCCACCAAUCCUAACAACUUCUGCUAAAUCUAUCAUGCAUUUAGAUGUCCAGAUUGCUUUUGAUGACUUACAGCUACUGUUGAUAGGAGCCAUGCACCUUGCUGACAAAGCUACAUGGUUCUCCAGGGGAUAUGCCAUUUCACAAGUAUUACUAAACUAUUUUCCAGGCACAUGUACCUUUUCUUCUCAUCUCUGACACAUUUCCUUAUUUCUGGGAAAACAGAGAAAGGAGAGGGAGAGGAAGAAGAGGGGUGUGGGUAAAACACAUGCAGACCAUCAGGGAACAGCUGGGAUUUGAAGGACAGCUCUUUGAAAAGUGACUGGGACUGAUAACACUGGUUUGGGAAGUUGGAACAAUUUUUAUUGUAGCUAAACUCAGGAAGGAUCUAUUUCUGUUAGAGCCGAAAGUUAGGACCCAGUCUCACUGCUGCAGACUUGGCACUAUUUUUGUACUUUAUCUCAACACCAGAUAAAUACAUUUCAUUCAUUCUAAAUACAUUUCAUUCUGCAAACAAUUAUUUUUCUAACCCAGAAAAACACAACAGGAUGACAACAGUGUUGGUAAAUCACUGCAAUUGAAAAGAUGCAAAAGUAAGAUAUUAGCACACAAUUGACAACAGAUCCAAAUAUGCUAUUUAUUUCCCUUUACCGCACCUAUUAAAUAGCCAGCCAAGAGAAGUCUCAGAGGGGGUCUCUCCCUCACGUAACCGAUGACUUCGACAAUAUCUGAUGUCAAGUAUGCAUCAUCUCCUUUCAAACUAAUUACUCUAAUUUUUUUCCAUGUCUAAGGCCAACAUCAAACAAAGAGCUCACAUAUCCUCCCAACAUUUAAACAAUCGUUCACACAAUAAGCAUGGUGGGCAAGGGUGAAAUCUUCUGUAAUUAUCACUGGAAAAACAAGUCAGCCAAUAGCACGCCUUGCUGAAGAUGGCAAAAACAUCUACAUCCUUUAAAGCAAAAAAGAG